AUGAGUACCCAAGAGGAAACACAAUCUGAAAAUAGGAAGAACAAGGGAAAAUCCUCUCAAGUACCAUCCGUUAAAGCUCAUUGGGAUGCAAAAUCAAAUGAAAUUUUUAUUAAGCUUUGUGUUGAGCAAGUGAAGGCUGGACACAAACCUGGUACAUACUUAGAUAAGGUCGGGUGGAAAAAUUUGAUAACAAAGUUUAAAACUAUGACUGGAAAAGCAUGCCAACGAGUACAAAUGAAAAAUCAUUGGGAUGUUUUGAAAAAAGAUUGGCUUUUAUGGAAUAAUCUUUUAAGGGGUGAGACAGGCUUAGGCCGUGAUAUAUUGACUGGAGCUAUCUUUGUAUUUGAUAAGUGGCGGACCAAUAAAUUUGAGAGGUAUCCUGGUGCCACUAAAUUUCGGCGUAUGCCGUUGCAAUUCACUAAAGACCUAGCCAAUGUGGUUAAGUCAUUUUCAAUAACUUCAACACAAACCUCAUCAAGAUAUCCUUCAAUUGGAGAAUGUUUGGCGAAGUUGGAAAACAUCCCUGGUAUGUCCCCAGAUGAUGAGCUGUAUGUAUAG